AUGUCCACUAUCAAAAAAACAUUACCAAGACCCAAACAUUAAAAAUGUGAAAUCUGUCAAAAGAAUUUCUCUUUGUAUGUAUCAUUUUUAUAUAUAAGAUUAUUAUAAUAACAUCAAUGUAAAAGAUGUUAACGAGCUGUAUGUUGUGACUGUGGAAGAUUUAAAGCUAUAGUAUGAUUUUAAUAAAAUUUUAAGAUUGUUGACUAUGAUCUCAAAACUUAACAUAGAUGUUGUAUUAUUUGUAGAGAUGAAUAACUUAAUAUUUAAGAUAUUAUUGUUAAAGAAUAGUUAUCUUUUAAUAAGAAUUCCCUAAUAACUAAAUAAUGGCUCAGAUAUUGUCUUUAAAAGUAUCUAUUACUUUCUAUUUAGUGUUCGAGAACAAGAUCUAACUGAUUAAUACUACAUGAUUUUAGGUUAGAGUAAAAAAAACUUACCAGCUUCUGCUACUGAAGAAAUGAAAUCUAUUCCAGCAAUUAUAAAUUAAGUAUAUUUCUAAUGCCAUAAAAAUAGAUUCGCAAUUAAUAUAACUAUUCUAUGAAAGAAUUCGACUAUUAUUUAACUAAAGAUUUAAUGGAUAACAUGCCAUCAAUAUUUAUAUCAUCUGUAUUAUAAUGUUUACUAUAUUAAAAUCCUAAUAUUCGUUGUACUCAAGUAUAAAUUUGUAUUAAAUAUUAGAAUUUAGUUUAGAUGGUAUAUUUUCUAUUGUAUUUUCAUUCACAACCUCUUGUAUUCUACUUCCUUAAUUUUUUCAGAGAAGAAAUUUCAUUAGGAAGAUUUCUCGAUAAAAAUGAAAAGAUGGAAGAUGCUGAAAUAGAUUUUCUUUAAGAAAUUGGUAAAACAAAUUAUUUAAUUGAACCAACUGAUUUACUUUAUUAUAGAAAAUAUUUGGAGAGACAUGCAGAAAAAAUGUUAUCCAAUAUUUUCUUUAAUUUUGUUAAUGUAUUAAUUAUUAUUUAUUUAGGUUUAAUGUUUAUUAUUUAUAUAUGAUCAUGUUUUAAAAUUUAGGGAUUAUUUUGAAUUAGAGAAAAUUGCUGCUUUACUUGGAUCAUUAUAUUUAAAUGAUUUCAAAUAAAAAGGAUUAGAUGAUGAAUUUUUCAUUAAUUAGAUUAUCAAAAAUACAAAGCAAUCAAUUUUAAAAGAGUAUUUAAGUAAAGAGGAUAGAAUAAGAUUAAAUGAUAAGAGAUAAACUUAUUCUAAGAGUGAAGAUAUAUUUCUUUCGUAAUUUUAAUAAAGAAUGGAUCAUUAAAAUGAAACAAAAUAAAUUCUCUAUUUAUUAGAUGAUUGCAUUUUAAAAAGAUAACCUCUAAACAAUCAUCAUAAAUAACUUAUAUCUUAAUUGAAUCAAAAAUAAUAAUAAAUAAUAAUUGAUUUAUUAAAAAUUAAUCAAAAUAAAACCAAAGAACAAGAUGAAAGUUAGUUAUAUCACAAAAUUGAAACUCAUUCUAAUUCUUCUACUCAAAUUAAAUUUGAUAAAAGUGAAUUAGUAGAUCAAAAUAAAGCUUUGAUGGAAGAUUUCAUCUGA